UCGUGCGCAAAACUGGCGAGAAAAUGAAGAAAAGCAGGGGCGCUUACCGACAGAAGCGAGUGAUAAGCGACGCCCGUUGCCUCGAACUAGGCGAUAGGAAAGUGUCGGCGAGAUAAGCGCUGUCCCCGGGGGUAGGCCGCUCGCUGCGGCGGAUGCUGGUUGAAAAUACAGUUAAUUCUCGAGCACGACUUCCGUGCGAAGUACAGCCAACCGUCGCAUUGGAACAGCUGUGCCGCCAGACGUUCCUUGAGCCCUUUCAAAGCACAUUGUCGCCUGCAAGCACAGAGCUUCAGAGGCGAAUCAGCUCGCUCAUGGACGUGAAGGACGGCAUGAGGAACGAGUACCGUUGCGCGGACAAGAAGUGCAACAAACCGCUGUUGAAUAAACCAGGAGCAUUGUGGCCUUGCCCGGAAUGCCGCAAAGUUACGUGUGUGGCGUGCAAUGCGCAGCAUGACAGCAUGAACUGCAUUACGUACAAAGCCAGCAUUAUUGAAAAAAGUGUGAAGCCGUGCGCUCCAAAUGGCACCGGAGUGAGCCUUUCGGAUGUCAAUGGAGACCCGAGCAGAGAUUCUCACGCCGGGGACCACGAGGCGGAUCAAGGCCUAGAUCAAGCUUGCGGAGGAGAACCCGUUGCGGUAGAGGAGGAAGACUUGGCGCCGGAGGAUUUCUCGGUGGACUUCAGCCCUGGGGACUUGUAUUACUGCGACGUGAAUGGCUGCCCGUUCUCCGUGCGUCUUCUCAAAGGAUCCACGAAGUUUUGGUGCCCCUUGUGCCACUGCAGGCACAGGAUCGAAGGCAGCAAACUUGUAAAGGUUUCGAGGCCGCCUUUGCACGUGACGAAGAGGAUCCAUCGUGGGAUGAACUUCUGACCUACAUGUCGUCAGAACCUGAGUUGGAAACGAUAUGCGCGGGUACAAUAAAUUACAUUUUGUUUUAAAACAA